AUGCAUCUGCGUAUUCAGCAAAGCUUCGAUCUAUUAGCUGAUACCGUUGGCUGCGCUGAAGUCCCCCGGGUGGCUUGGUUUGCGGACAAAGCUUCGAAAUUCUGGGACGAUAACCUGUAUCUAUUUCCAGAUGAAUCCACAUUCCCGCGACGACCUCGAGAUAUCUUGUGCAUGGAACGUAUUCUCCCUCUGCCGGAGAAGAUUAGGCUUGCCUUGAUCGACGCUUAUUGCAAUCCGGUCAAUGUCCCGAAGGCAAGGGCAGACCCUGCGAGCAAAGAUUGCCUUUUGCGAGUACUCCUGGGCCGAAAGCGCUACGGAUCAUCGCGCCCAGGAGGUAGCAUAUUUUUUUCGCUUCGAAACUACAAACUCCAUAUCGAUCAAGUUCAGGAGCUUGGUCUAGACGCCACAGGGUUCGCGACCAGUAUGGCCGAUGCUCUAGCGGUCCUGCAUUGGCACGCGAAGAUAGAUGCCUGUGAUAUCGAGUUUGUACUGGGAAGUACCUCGGUAGACCGAAAUGCCGUGCGCCGCAUGCUGCCGCUGAAAGAUGCGGAACGUCUCACACCUGGAACGAGUACCUAUGAGCGCACAACCAACACCGACCAGAACUACAAGAGCCUUAAUGUUAGCUUAUGGUUGUUGGAUUUUGAUUCCUGUCAGCCCAUCACUAUGGACCGAUCGGGAGUUCGCCAGACAGUCAAAGCCUUCCUAGAAACUGAUCCAUUUUGUCCUCGACCUUAUGCAGAAGACAAAUAUUGUCAGGGAUUAUGGGAAGUAUUCUCCCAGCGCUACGUUGAAACAGGCAGCAAGAUAACGACUGGCGCGUCGCGGAGCCUACCUGCGUUAUUUAUCGAGGGAGUUAUGGAGGAGCUUGCCUAUCGUGAUCGAUCUACGAAAUCUGACAAUAAGGGCAGUGCAAAUCAGGGGUCUUCACGAGGGUAUGUAAAUGUUCGAGGCUGA